UCAUUAAUGAACUCUUGCUCUCUGGUUUGUUAACAUUAAAGCAGUCUGGUGCUCUGAAAAGAAAGCUCCAGUCACCACAUGGAAACCCACCUUUCAAACGUAAACGUAAACCAUCAAUAAACACCUUCAAGAAACCUGCUAUAGAAGCUGACAUCAGGCAGAAGGGAAGUUCAUCACAGAAAUCUCUUCCUAAGAAGCAGUUGACUGAGAACCGAAAUGAAAGCCAGAAAAGCAAACCUUUCAUUAAGACAUCCAGCCUGUUUAGAAACAACCCUGAUAUCCCAAAGAUUCACAGACAAGUGGUGCAGCAGGUACAAGAAGAUGUUUUCACUACGGACUCUUUCAGCCAGUUGGACCUUCAUCCACAUCUGAUCUCCACAAUUAACACUGUCCUAAAGAUAAGUAGCAUGACCAGCGUUCAGAAGCAAACAAUUCCUGUUCUCCUGCAAGGCAAAGAUGCUCUAGUGAGAUCUCAGACUGGUUCAGGUAAAACUCUUGCCUAUGGAAUUCCACUUGUACAGUCUCUGCAAGGGAUGGAAUCCAAAAUACAGCGCAGUGAUGGGCCUUACGCACUCAUAUUGGUCCCAACAAGAGAGCUUGCACUCCAAAGUUUUGAAACAAUGCAGAAGCUACUUAAGCCAUUUGCCUGGAUUGUGCCUGGAGUGCUAAUGGGGGGAGAAAAGAGAAAAUCGGAAAAAGCCAGAUUACGUAAAGGAAUAAACAUCCUCAUUUCAACUCCUGGUCGCCUGGUUGAUCACAUCAAGUCCACAGAAUGUAUUCAUUUCCGUCGCACUCAGUGGCUGAUUAUUGAUGAAGCAGACAGGAUCCUGGACCUGGGCUUUGAGAAGGAUGUAACGGUGAUACUCAAUGCUUUAAAUGCCGAGAGAGAGGCACGUCAGAAUGUCCUGCUCUCAGCCACCCUCACAGAAGGAGUAACACGCCUGGCUGAUAUCAGUUUGAAUGAUCCCGUCAGCAUUUCCAUAGCAGAUGAAACCCAGAUCAAACCAGCAUCACAAAUGGAUGGACAAGCCAGUACUUCAUCAAACUGUAUGGAACAGGAAACCUUUGCUGUUCCGGAGAAGCUCAAGCAGUAUGUCGUGGUGGUCCCCAGCAAAUUGAGGCUUGUCACAUUAGCAGCUUUUAUCCUUGAGAAAUGCAAGUUUGAAAAACACCACAAGAUGAUCAUCUUUUUCUCCAGCUGUGAACAAGUGGAAUUCUACUAUGAGCUCCUCUUAAAGGUCCUUUCAGGAGGGCUGGAGUCAGAACAACCUGAACGUUCAUCUCUCUCUUCUGCACGCUUACAGUUUCUGCGCCUGCAUGGCAACAUGGAACAGGAAGAAAGAACAGAGGUCUUCCAAGCGUUCCUGAAAUCCAAGACUGGCAUCUUGCUUUGCACUGACGUUGCAGCACGUGGACUAGACCUGCCUCAAGUGACAUGGAUCGUGCAGUAUAACGCUCCGGCUUCACCUGCGGAAUACAUCCACCGGAUCGGGAGGACAGCUCGCAUUGGCUGUCACGGGAACAGCCUGCUUGUCCUGGCGCCUUCGGAGGCAGGAUAUGUCAGCUUGCUGGCUUCUCACAAGAUUAAUGUUUCAGAGAUGAAGAUGGAGAAAGUAUUAUCCAGCCUGAUGAAAGAUGAUCGCUUCAAAUUGCACAGACCAGGAAGAAAGCAAUCCUGUGGCACGGACCCUCAGGAAGUCCGGGAGCGGGCCACGGUCUUGCAGACUAAAUUUGAAGACCACGUUCAUUCCAGCGAGGGGACAGUCCGAUGGGCAAAGAAAGCACUGCAGUCUUUCCUUUGUGCCUAUACCACCUAUCCCAGGAACCUCAAGCACAUCUUCCACAUCAAAUCUCUCCACCUGGGUCAUUUGGCUAAGAGCUUUGGCCUGAGAGAUGCCCCCCAGAAUCUGACUGCUUUUCCAACUGCGGGCUCCAAGAAGAAAACCAAACCAAGACCAAAAAGGUCCGACCUUCUCAAGAAGACCCAUGGCAAACGUUGCCUUGCUGAGAUCUUACGAUCUGAAUAUUCCAGUGGGAUGGACACUGGUGUAUCCAAGGUCAAGAAGAAGAAGAAAAAGCUGAGAAAACCUGGCAACCAGCAGAUUCCAACAUAA